AAAAAAAAGGUUAGUUAAAGGAAAUUCCAUUAUGGAGAGUGAGAAAGAGGCAUAUUUUUGGAUCAAAACCCUUGUUAUUUUGUCAUCUCCGUUAGCCGCCUCACCCUAAACCUCCGAAUCGCUCUCCAUAUUUCCAUUUUUCAUUUCAAGUUUUCAAGUGAAGUUCCUGAUGAAAAUAGUGGUGAACUCGAUUGAGAAGUGACUUGCGUUUUAAAAAAUCGCGACUGCCAUUACAGAAUGUGGAGGUCGCUUGUGGCAGUGAGAGCUUCUCUAUUUAGAGCUUCUCGGAGCUUAACCCGAUCGUCAGAUGUGCCCUUAUCCGACUCUGUGGCUCAUUUGCAACAGUCGAUCACAUCGGUUGUGGUUCCUGGCUCCUGUUUCUUCAGAACCCCUAGGUAUUUUUCUCAACAUUAUUCAUAUUCUUCAGAUUCUGGGCCAUCGAUAGAGGAUUUUGAAUCGAUUUCAGCGGAAUCGGUGAACUUUGGUGAAAGUGGUGAUGCGCAGAUUGAAAGCUGUGUAGCUAAUGAGGAAGUUCGUGAGUUUGAUGGGGAGUCUGUGGUUGUUGAGGGAAAUAGUGAUCUCUUGGUGGAGAAUGUUGUAGUUUCUGAUGGGAUUGGGGAGGAAGUGGAGAUUUAUGAGGUCAAUGUGGAGCAGUUAGAAAGUGUGUUGUCUCUACUUCAGAGUACUACUGAUGGGUCUUUUGAAUCAAGUCUUGAUGAAAUGAGAUUGACUCUUCAUGAGGAUUUUGUCCUCAAGGUGUUUGAAACCCCACAUAUUUUGGGUGAGAAUUUGAUUCGGUUUUUCCGCUGGGCUGUGAAUAGUCAUCCUGAGUUCAAAGUAACUACUCCUGUUGUAGAUGUUCUUGUUCGCUUAGUUUGUGGUGAUCUACGGCAAAGAGACGCUUAUUCUUUGUGGGAAUUAAUUAAAGAAAUUGGUGGAAAGCAGAGUGGUUUGCUGAAUGCUGACAUUCUUAAUCAGUUGAUAGCAUUUUUUUCAAAGUUGGGAAAAGGAAAAGCUGCUUUGGAAGUGCUCGACAGUUUUGAGGUUUUGGGCUGUGUUCCUAAUGCUGAAUCUUACUAUUUUACGAUUGAAGCUCUUUGCAGGCGCUCUUCUUACGAUUGGGCUUGGCCGGUUUGCGAGAAAAUGCUUGAUGCUGGAAGCAUGCCUGAAAGUAAUAGAGUUGGUAAGAUCAUAUCAUGGUUUUGCAAAGGAAAGAAGGCAAAAGACGCCCAUUCAGUUUAUUUACUGGCAAAGGAAAAGCGUCUGGACCUACCUCAGUUUUCUAUGAAUUUCUUGAUUAGUUCUCUUUGUCGGGAUGAUGAAACUGUCGAAUUGGCUCUGGAAAUGUUGAACGAUUUCUCAACAGGGGAACGGAAGCGUGCCAUUAAGCCAUACAUGGUGGUCAUCCGUAGUUUGUGCAGGAUCAAAAAUACCAGCAAAGCUAAAACUUUGCUUCUAAAGAUGAUUGCUGAAGGACCACCUCCAGGAAAUGCAGCUUUCAAUGUUGUCAUUAAUGGAUAUUCCAAAGCUGGUGAUUUAGGGGAGGCAAUGGAACUGAUAAAACUGAUGGAGAGUAGAGGAUUAAAGCCAGAUGUUUAUAGUUACACUGUCGUUAUUAGCGGUUAUGCAAAUGGUGGUCAAAUGAAAGAGGCGUACAAAGUCUUGGAUGAGGCAAAGAAGAAACACACUAAGUUGUGUCCAGUAACCUACCACACCCUCAUCCGUAGUCACUGCAAACUUGAAGAGUACGACUCGGCAUUGAAAUUACUGAGUGAGAUGAAAGACUUUGGAGUGCAACCAAAUGCAGACGAGUACAACAAGUUGAUCCAAUCUCUUUGCUUGAAGGCUUUAGAUUGGAGAACAGCAGAGAGAUUGUUUGAAGAAAUGAAGGCAAAUGAUUUGCAUCUGAACGGUAUUACAAGGGGUCUUAUACGAGCAGUCCGGGAACUGGAAGAGGAAGAAUUGCCGACUGAAGAAUUGAGCAUUGCAGCUUAGGCGCAACUGAAUGGAAGGAAGCCUCUUCUAGUCUCUCUCACUCGUGAGUUAUACUUGUUUUUUGUUGGGUGACAUUGGAUGUUGCUAAUAAUGUUUAUUGUCUUGUUCUAUCCUAUUUCUUGUUAUGUCAACGAAAUUUUGUUUCAGAAGAAAAACCCAACACCCCGUAAUUCUCUCUUAGACACAAGAUAGUUUCUUGAGUUUGAAGCUAAUUCUAAUUCCGCUUCAAUGUUUUCUUUUUGCUAUAUUUGCAAAUUUUGAGAAAUCAUUGCUAUAUUUGUAAA